CAGCCUCGCCCAAACGUUAAAAAGCUUAGAAAAGGGAGGGUUCCGGGCUGCUCCAGGAAGUGACGUUAGUGCCAGAAGCGCAGAGCGGAACUUGCUCCCCGGCUCUGCGUCAACUCCUGCCGCAGCGACCCUCUCAGGGGGUGUCGCAAAAGUGUCGCCCAGCCCGAGUCCGCUCGGCUCCAGACUGGCUUUGGGUCGUCUCCUCUUCUGGCUCGGCGACUGCGGGUGUCAGUCGGCUGCAAAAUGGAGGACGUCGAGCUCUUGGAGGCGGACCGGAUUGGAGCCGGGAAUGGGUCUUCUCCGAGUGCUCAAGAACUUGCCAUGUGGUGGCAUCAGCAAGUUGAUUUUCAUUCUGCCUUCUUAUACUAUUUGGCACAAACUGUACCAGACAUUUACUUUGAUGAAAUAGACCCCGAAUUGGAAAAACAGGAGGAAGCUGCUCAGAUGAUGAUAUUAACUCCACUGGAAUGGUUCUUAUUUAAAGACGAUCCUGUUAUUUCCUUAGAGAAAUUGAAACAAAGUGGAGCAUUUCAGCUUUGUGGGAAGGUUUUCAAAAGUGGGGAGACAACAUACUCUUGUAGGGACUGUGCAAUUGAUCCAACAUGUGUCCUCUGCAUGACCUGUUUCCAGAACAGUAUUCACAAAAAUCAUCGUUACAAGAUGCAUACUUCUACUGGAGGAGGAUUUUGUGACUGUGGAGACAUAGAGGCAUGGAAAACUGGUCCAUUUUGUUCAAGCCAUGAACCUAGAACAGUAAGGUCUAAUGAGAAUUCAGGUUGCCCACUGAAUGAAGAGGUAAUUGGCCAAGCCAAGAAGAUAUUCCCUUCAGUGAUAAAAUACAUGGUAGACAUGACUGUUUGGGAAGAGGAAAAAAACCUGCCUACUCAACUCCAGCUUAGGGAGAAAACUGAAAGAUACUAUUGUGUCCUUUUCAAUGAUGAGCACCAUUCUUAUGACCAUGUUAUAUAUAGUCUACAGAAAGCACUUAGAUGUGAACUUCCAGAAGCUCAAUUGCAUACCACUGCCAUAGAUAAAGAGGGUCGUCGGGCUGUUAAACUCGGAUCUGGUAUUCAUUGUCGAGAAGCAAAGGAAAAUAUCAAGUUUCAUUCAGAAAAUGUUUCUCAGCAUCCACUUCAUGUAGAGGUUCUACACGCUGAUGUUAUGGCUCAUCAGAAAUUUGCUUUGCGACUUGGCACCUGGUUGAACAAGCUUAUGAGCUUUUCAAGUGAUUUUCGACAGAUCUUCUGCCAGGCCUGCCUCCAAGAAGAUGUCCCUGGUGAUCCCUGCCACAUAAGCAGAUUAAUGCUUUGGGAUGCAAAGCUUUAUAAAGGUGCACGUAAGAUACUUCAUGAAUUGAUCUUCAGCAGUUUUUUCAUGGAAAUAGAAUAUAAAAAAUGCUUUGCCAUGGAAUUUGUGAAGUUUUAUAAACCACUGCAGAAAGACUACAUCAGUGAUGAUCAUGACAGAAGUCUCUCUGUGACGUCAUUAUCAGUUCAGAUGUUUACUGUUCCUACUCUGGCUCGUCUUCUCAUUGAAGAGCAGAAUGUUAUCUCUGUCAUUACUGAAACACUACUAGAAGUUUUACCAGAAUACUUGGACAAGAACAACAAAUUCAACUUCCAGGGCUACAGCCAGGACAAAUUGGGAAGGGUAUAUGCAGUUAUAUGUGACCUCAAGUAUGUCCUCAUCAGUAAGCCUGCAGUAUGGUCAGAAAAAUUAAAAAUACAAUUUCUUGAAGGUUUUCGAUCUUUCCUGAAGAUUCUUGCAUGCAUGCAGGGAAUGGAAGAGAUCAAAAGGCAAAUAGGACAGCACAUUGAAGUGGAGCCAGACUGGGAGGCUGCUAUUGCUAUUCAGAUGCAGUUGAAAAACAUUCUUUUAAUGUUCCAAGAAUGGUGCGCUUCUGAUGAAGAGCUCUUGUUAGUGGCAUAUAAAGACUGCUACGAAGCUGUGAUGAAAUGUAUUUUAAGUUGCACUCCUUCUGAAAAGUCUCCAAUUUACUUGUAUGGCCACACUUUAGAAUGCAGGCCCUACAAAGUAUCUGUAGAUCCUGUCAGCAUUCAUUUGCCACUCUCCAGAACCCUUGCAGGUCUUCAUGUACGUUUAAGUGAUAUUGGAGCCUUUUCAAGAUUGAAUGAAUUUGUGCCUUCAGAAGAUUUUGAAGUGGAGUUGCUGGUAGAGUUUCCAUUGCGGUGUCUGGUUUUGGUUGCCCAAGUUGGGGCUGAUAUGUGGCGAAGAAAUGGUCUUUCUUUAAUUAGCCAGGUGUUUUAUUACCAAGAUGUUAAAUGUAGAGAGGAAAUGUAUGACAAAGAUAUCAUCAUGCUUCAGAUUGGUGCAUCUUUGAUGGAGCCCAACACUUUCUUGUUAUUGAUACUCCAGAGAUAUGAACUUAUUGAGGCUUUUAAGAAGCUUGUCCCCAGCAAGGACCAGGAUAUGAUUAAACAAUAUAAUGCACUAAUGGAAGAAAUGCUUCAGCUCAUCAUCUACAUCGUGGGAGAGCGCUAUGUGCCUGGAGUGGGUAAAGUGAACAAAGAAGACGUUAUCAUGAGGGAAAUUAUCCACUUACUCUGCAUUGAGCCCAUGCCCCAUAGUAUCAUUGCUAAAUCCUUACCAGAGAAUGAAAACAAUGAAACUGGCUUAGAGAAAGUCAUCAACAAAGUGGCUGUAUUUAAGAAACCAGGUGUAUCCGGCCAUGGAGUUUAUGAGCUGAGGGAGGAAUGCAUGAAAGAAUUCAAUAUGUUCUUUUAUCACUACUCCAAAACACAACACAGCAAGGUAGACAACCUGCUUGAAGAUGAAGGCAAACCUCUGUUUGGAGCCCUUCAGAACAGACAGGACUGUGGCAUAAAAGCAUUAGUACAAUUAGCUGUUGGCACAGAGAAUACUUCUCCUCAGAGCGUGAUACAGAAGCAUCUAGUCCGUCUCCUAUCAGUUAUUCUGCCUAACCUGAAAUCUGAAGAUACACCAUGCCUUCUUUCCGUCGAUCUCUUUCAUGUUUUGGUGGGUGCUGUUUCAUCUUUCCCAUCUUUGUAUUGGGAUGAAACUGUUGCCUUGCAACCUUCAUCGGUUAGCUCGUCUUACAACCACCUCUAUCUCUUCCAUUUGAUCACAAUGGCUCAUAUAUUCCAGAUACUUCUCACUGCCAAGACAGACAGCUUACCUGCCCAGUUACAAGAAGAUAGUGAGGAGGCUCGUUCUGCAUCUUCUCUCUGCUCAGAAAUUUCUCAGUAUAUUGGUGGCUCUCCCAUCAGCUCUGAUGUUCCUGGUUGGUAUUUGUGGGAUUGUGUGAAGAAUGGCAUUAUCCCUUACCUUCGAUGUGCUGCUCUAUUUUUCCAUUAUUUGCUCAGAGUGCCACCACCUGAAGAAUUACUUUCAGUUUCUGAGGGAGGUCAAUUCAAUGCACUCUGUAGUUAUUUAUCCUUACCCACCAAUCUGUUCCUGCUUUUCCAAGAAUAUCGUGAUACUAUGAGCCCCUUACUCCAGAGCUGGUGUUCUGAUCCUGCCUUACAAAGCCUUUUGAAAGGAAACAACCCUGUGGUCAGGUACCCCAGACAGAGAAAUAAAUUGGUAGAACUUCCAGAAGACUACAGCUAUCUCCUAAACCAGGCAUCUCAAUUCAGGUGCCCGAGGUCCUCAGAUGAUGAACGAAAGCACCCAGUCCUGUGUCUCUUCUGUGGAACGAUGUUGUGUUCUCAGAAUAUUUGCUGCCAAGAAAUUGUAAAUGGGGAGGAGGUUGGAGCCUGCAUUUUUCAUGCUAAUCAUUGUGGAGCUGGUGUCUGCAUGUUUCUAAAGAUCAGGGAGUGCAAAGUGGUCCUGAUUGAAGGCAGAGCCAGAGGCUGCUUGUUUCCAGCCCCCUACCUGGAUGAAUAUGGAGAAACAGACCCUGGACUAAAGAGGGGCAAUCCCCUGCAUUUAUCUCAUGAGCGUUAUGAGAAACUCCAUUUGCUCUGGCAGCAACAUCGUAUUAUCGAAGAAAUCGCAAGGAGUCAAGAAACUAAUCAGAUCUUAUUUGGAUUCAACUGGCAGUUACUUUGAAUCCCGGUUCUCCAGAAGAGUGACAAGUGAAGGCAGUAAUGAAGAUGGGUCUGGAAUUCUGGACACAUUUAGGAAGAUCGAGGAGGGGUGGGGGUGGGGCGGGUGGCAGUGGGGUCAUUCCUCAGUUCCUGAUUCACAUCUUUCAAUAAAAUAUCCCUUAAUGGAUUUUUGCUUUCAAUCAGCAAGCUCGAUGCCUCAAGAUAAAGCAUAUUCAUACCUAUAUCAACGUGUAUCUGUUGUAGAACCACUGAAGAAAUACUUGUCUGCCCCACAGUUUAUGAUUCUGCUAAUAGUUUAAGGAAAUCAUUUUCCCUUGUAGAGCCUUCCCCUCUUCAAUAAUCAUGCCAGAAACAGGAGGGUAUUUCUGACUGUAUGUUUGGGGGGCAAAAGUGCCAUCCAAGAAGGUGUUGGAUUUUUUUUUAAGUGUUUGUGAUACCAGCCAUCAAACUCGAGCUGCUAAUUCUCAUUGUGACUAUUUCUGGUCUUUUGUCCUUGCUUGGCUCUAAUCAACUGGACCAGUAUUUGUGUUGAAAUGGCAGAAGAAAAGCAGCAGUGACAAGAUUACAGUUGAACAUAAUAACCAUAUAUCCAACCAGAAAAAGAAUGAUAUAGAACAAGAAUUUUAUUAGAAUCGAGGAAAUUUACAAAGAGUAAAAGUUGCCGUUUCUCUUCUGGGAAAUUGCCCCAGAUAUACCACUUGCUGCUGCUACCAGAAGUUAAACUGACUCCCUGCUUAGUCAAAAUUGCCUUCUCUGACGCAGAUUUUUCUUAGAGCUUUUUUUUUUUUUUCCUCAUAAAAUCCUGAGGGUUAGAAUUGUGUCAUCAUCCUGAUAUUACAGCAAGUCUUGUAAUUGAUAUCAUGGACCCAGCCCUUUUUAAAACUGCACUUUCCAUUGUCCAGGGCCUAAUUUCUAACAAAAGAUCACAUCGUUUGUCCAGGUGCCAUUAUGUAACUGACAGAAAUCUGCUCUGAUCCUGGUGUUAAGUCACCAUAGGACCAUAAUAAAUUAUUCCCCACUGAGCAUAGAAAUAUCAGGCCAAUUCUAUAACAGUUUAUGUCUUCCCAGAAGACUUUAAAUCUUCAGUUCAUCAUAUGAGUGCAGCCUUUUAUGAACUGUAGUUGUAUGACAGAUACAGACAACCAAAAAAAAGCCAUGCGAUCAACAUUUUGUUUCUGUCUUGCUGUACCUUGCAGUAAUUAGGCCUCCUUGCUUUUAAAUAAUAGUGCUCUUCAGAAUCUGCUUAUAGCUUUCUGGGUCCUUAGCCUUAAUUUUCAUAUCAAGGGAACUUGUUAUGCAAAGCUUUAAGAAAAGGAUAAAUUGAAGCCCUCAGUUAGCUUCUCUUAUGCCUUAGGAGUCUGAAAGAUCUAUUCAGAGAAUGUAUUUUGACCUUGAUGAGGACUGUUUCCAUUUAUGUAUAAUGGUUUCUUACCCUUUUACUUCUCUGUAGAAACAGGGAAGUUAAAAAUAUGUAUACCAGGUGUUUGAGGAUACACAUUUGUAUUUAGUUUUAUGUUUUGUUUUUCUUUUGUUAAGGGAAAGGGAAGAAGAACCUGUCAGAGGUAUCAGAAUAAUCAUGGCUAUCUUACUUGACUAAGUCUACAGCUUUGAUAUUAAGCCUUCAAAAGGUAUUCAGAAGAUAAUGCAGCAGUAGGAAACUUGUUGAAUUAUGGCAAGUUGGAUGAGGUUUGAAAUGUUCAAUACUCAGUUUGAUCAAUUCAGUGCUAUGGUGAAAAGACAUGGAUUUCUCCCCUGUUUGGUGUCAUCUAGAGUUCAGCUGGUUGUACUAAAUAUUUAGCUGGGAGAUCUGACUUGGGUGUCCGGCAACAGCAGGCAGCUGUUGACCUCUGCCCUGAUUCAUGCCCAAUAUAAAUAACUUGAUAAAGCAAAGGCAGAUUCUUCAGAAGAAGAAUUUCUUCCUACUUGAGUAGUCUGUUCCAUUCAGUUCACAAAUCCUGAUGUUAAGCCAUUGGGCUGCCAGAGGAACUUUCUGGCAGUGACGAGUAAAAUCUUGACUGCCAAAGAAUCUAUCCCAAGAGAUGAGCACAUGGAGGCCUGCUCACAACUUGGGUGUGGGUGUUGGCACUUGCGUGUGGUCUCGUUGUUCAAUGUUGCUGUCAAAUGAGACGUUUUUAUGUAUGUUUGAAACCUUCUAGCAGUUUGCACUUGAGUAGUGCAAGCGCAGAAAUGGUGCGUUCAGAAGUCAGGAACACAAAAGGUCACUUUUUUUUCCUAUUGAACCAGGAACCUGUUCAUGAGAAUGCUCCUAAAGCAUGUUUUUCUUAUGACUGGGGAAAUGGGGCAAGAGGUCUUUGCAGUAGGAAAAACAUGUUUCUGUAUAGUUAAUUUAUUAUUCUAAUAUAUGAGCUACAAGGUCAUCCACUAAUGGUCAUUUAUCAUUUCAUAACCUACUAUGCAUUUUGGUUCACUGUGAGAAUAAUCUAUGGUGAUUGUAACAUGUUCAUGCCACUGAUUCCAAUUCCAUCCAGAUGAACAGAAGUUCAGAAGUUAUUCUAAAUGAUGCAUAUAUUGAUAUCUUUUAUUGCAAAAAUGUAAAUUUAAGACUUGUAUAAUGUUCUUGUGCUUUUUGGAAAUAAAUAUUAUAUGUGUAUAUUUAAAAAGGAAAUAAAAGUGACUUAUACUCUU